ACAGACGGACGCUGAAUUCCAAAUACCAACAUUACAGAAUAGUCUGAAGUAUUUGUAACGGCUUGAUUUUCACGAAACAUUACAAAACGACACAGGUUUUUUUAAUUAUUGUUCUUGUAGUAUGUUUUGCGUGGUUUAUAAAGAACGAUUUCUUCAAACUUUUGAUACUCAAAUUAGUUUUGAGCAUAUGGACAGAAUGAACUAUUUGACUAUUGUUGCAGUUUUAGUGGUGGUUUUAGACAGAUCUUGUGAAGUUUUUGCACAAUAUCCACAAUUCUGCUCCCCUCCAAGAUGUCCUCCGGGAUGUUUCGUACAACGUACUUUCUCUGGACCUUGUCCUGGGUGUGAUUGCCCUCCUCCACCGCCUUUCAUGCCACCAGCUUACCCUCCACCAGUUCUAUGUUCUCCUCCAAAGUGUCCACCAGGCUGUGUAGUAGAACGAGAUUUUUCUGGACCUUGUCCUGGUUGUGAGUGUCCUCCUGCUCCACCACCUCCAGCAAAAUUUUACUGUCCACCUCCUCGUCGUUGCCGAAGUCCAUGCUUCCUAGUACCUGGUGAGAGAUGUCCAUUUUGCCAGUGUCCUUAUUCCUAGUGAUAUUCAGCGUUCACGUUUGCAAACUGUAAUCCUUUAAUGAGAUUAUCAAAGUUUGUGAAAUAAAACUUUAAUGAAAACAAUGAA